AGGGGAACACGGGGUUCCUUAUCUGAGAAAUCUACCGCCACAGGCAGCACAUCUUCGCUAAAGGGGAAAGUCAUUUAUUAUAACAUUGAAUGACAAGAACAGAAGGGUGGUCUUCUUCCUUCUCCCUCUCUACGCACGACGCCUUCGUUGAAUUUAUUAUCCUGUAUGGUCUUCUCGGGUUUCAUCUUUUCAUCGCCAUCGUCCCGUUCGUUCGACUUGUGAUUAAUUACUAGGCUAGGGUUUCUGCCCAUCAUCGGAGAAGUAGAAGAAGGAGAUAGGGGGAGAGAAAGAGAGAAUCAGGACGGAGAAAGGGGAAUUGGGGAUUUUAGAAAUUAAGGAAAGGUGGACGAUGAAGAGGGAGGGGUGAGGAAUGGUAAAUGUGGUGAGAGGCUUUCUUCUCUUUUUUGGCCGUCCUUUCAUCUGGUGCUAGGGUUUCGGCUUCAUUUCCUCUUUUCUGAUUCGUUAUCGUGGCGCCAUCCACUGGACAUGGUUCAAACAGAUUGGCGUCCAAGGAGUUUGAUUGAAUGGUUACUUGAGCUGCGCUUUCUCGAUCUGGGUUCCGUCGUAGGUUGCUGAAGAGGAGGAAUUCUGGGGCGUGGUUGGAAUUGGUACCUUACCUUUUUCCCCCCUUUUUUUGGCGUCAUUGAGUUUCAUUUUCUUGCCGAAAUCAUCAAAUUAUCGUCCAGCCACGAGUUUCUUCCCCGCGAAGUUUUGGAGGAAGGUGGGAGCAUUCCAUUUUUUUUCCUUUUCCUGUCGGAGUUUGCAGCGGGUUCAGGAAACCUGGAGAUUAGGGAUUGGAGUUUGGGUGGCGUUAGGGUUUCUAGGAGAGGAUAAUGUGUAUACUGUGCGUUGUGCAGAAGUGGUCCCGGCGCAUUGCGACCAUGCUGCCGUGGUUGGUCAUCCCUCUGAUCGGGCUUUGGGCUCUUUCUCAGCUGCUGCCGCCCGCUCUGAGGUUCGAGGUCACGUCCCCUCGAUUGGCUUGCGUUUUGGUUCUGUUGGUUACGUUGUUCUGGUACGAGAUCUUGAUGCCGCAGUUGUCGGCGUGGCGUGCUCGCAGAAGCGCUCGCCUGAGGGAAAAGAGGCGUUUUGAAGCUAUUGAGAUGCAGAAGCUGCGGAAGACGGCGACUCGUAGGUGUAGGAAUUGCCUGACUGCUUACAGGGAGCAGAAUCCCGGUGGGGGUAGGUUCAUGUGUUCUUACUGUGGCCAUGUUUCUAGGAGGCCGGUUCUGGAGAUACCUGGUGGAGUUCUGGGUUGUAAAACCAUGGAGGGGAUCGGCGCAUCAGGUAUUAUGGGCGACCUAGUUGGAAAGGGUGGGAAAAUUUGGAACGGGAAGGUCUGGACGGAACGACAGGGGUGGGGUGGCAGCGGGAACGGGUGGUUCUGCGGCGAUUGGUCGGAAAAUGUAAAUUGGGCAGGAGGAACUUUUCCGGGGAAAUCAAACUACUGGGGAAAGAGCGGCGGCGUCUUUGGUAGUACAUAUCUUAGUGGCGAUGACAGGUGUUUGGCGGAGAAAUCUUAUUCUGGCGUUGCUGUUUUUGGUGGCAGAUUGUUGGGUGUUUCCCUAGUGAGUAUCAGGUGGCUGUGGAGGAAGGUGUUUAGGGUUGGUUCUUCGGGAGAAGAUCCAUCUUCCGACUCAGAUAACAGAGCUAACUUAAGGAAAGGUGAAGGUGGGUUAGGUUUCCAGGAAAGCAAAGGAGAAAAAGCACGCAGGAAGGCUGAGGAGAAGCGGCAGGCUAGGUUAGAGAGAGAAAUGCUAGAAGAGGAAGAAAGGAAGCAGAGGGAGGAAGUGGCCAGACUUGUAGAAGAGAGAAGAAGAUUGCGGGAUGAGAAAACGGAUGCAGAAAAGGAGCAUGUGAAGGGGCCGGGUCUGGAGAAGGAUAGAGACAGUAAGAGGGAGAAGGAGAGCGAAAAGAAGCGGCAUGAGAAAGCCAAAGAUAGAGAUAGGCUUUCCAGUACCGAUAGAAGCAACUCUGAAGGAGAGGAGGUCGAUAAACGGAGUAGCAGGGAAAAUGAGAAGAAGCGUGAGUUUGAUCGAAAGAUUGACGGUGAAAGAAAGGACUCGUCAAAGCAGUCUGCGAGUCAAGCCAUAGAAGUGAAAUCACCUGAAAGCUUCAGGGUUCACGGUUCAGAUACAGGGCAUGGCGGAAAAGGUUCUAAUAAUGCCAGCAAGGUUGGUGCCUCCAGAUACUUUGACCGUAUGAGGGGGUCCUUUUUAUCUUCCUCUAAAGCGCUAGGUGGGAGUGCUCUUACCCCAUUCUUUGGAAGAGGUGUUCAGGCUGGAACUCAAACUCCUGCAACAAAAAUCAGCAAGCCUGGUAGUGGGGAUCAUGUGCACACACAUUCUACUGACUUGCCUGUUCAACAGCCUAAACCUACUUCAACCUCUGUUUGGGAUGGAAUGCUUCCAUCAAGACUUCGUGCUGAGGUCAUUGAUGGCAACUCUGAAACUUCUCCCAAGCGGAUUCCUGCUUGUGCCAAUACCUCGGAGAUGCAUUUGAAUGAAUACAAGACUGGAAGGCCGUCGUCAGGAAAUGGAGAUAGUAAAAGCUCCGGUGUCACGUCUCAAGCAACAGUGCAUGUGGAGCCACAAUCAGGUGCACAGUUGUCAGCCCCAAAGAAAUCAUGGCAGCAUCUCUUUUCAAGGACAAAGACCACAUCUAUGCCGCCUAACACAAAACCUGAUUCACAAGCUAUCCAGGUAGAGUUUGGAGCUUCCCAUUUACCAGAACUGGCCUCACCAACUCACUCACUGCACAAUCAGCAUUCAGUUGGAUUUUCAACACCAGUAACAAUCCCUUCAAUUGCAAGUAGCUCUGUGGGUGGUUGCUCAAUGCCUAAACACACUUUUGAACCUGGUUCUUUUACCCUGGUUGAUCCAGUGCAUGAUCACAUAGUGAAGGGGGAAUCAUUUGAUGACACUGCUUAUAUAACAGAUCCUGUAUCUUUGUCUUUGCUGGGUCCUGUUUCAGAAUCCCUUGACAAUUUCUCUCUAGAUAUCGGCGCAGGAUUUUUAGCUGAUACACCACUAGAAAAAACUCGUACACUCAAGAAAGUGUCCACUACAGCUGAAGUUGUCAGGCCUUCCCCAAUUGAAUCACCUGUCUCUAAGCUUUUGCCUCAAGGAUGUGCUGAUGAGGUGAAUUCCAGUUCUGGCCAGUUUUCAUGUAGCCCAAGGUCAUCUGAUAGUAAUGGCAAUACACAUGAGCAAGGUACGUGGCACAUGUGGGAUACACCACCUAUUGUUCAGGAUGGACUAGGUUUAAUUGGUAGUCCUUCUGCCUGGCUCUUACCAACAUUGAAUAGUAAUCAAGCUAGCCAGGACAUUUUGCACCCUCUACCACAUUCAUCUGUAUUCUCUCAGACACAAUUUGCAGCUGAAGAUCAGUUAGUUCCUUGUUCACAUUCUCCACCGAGCUUUUGCUCCAGUUAUGGUCCAAGGACUGGAGCAUUUGAAUCUGUUGGUCCUAGUUUGAAUGGUGAGGAUCCAUGGCAGCAAAAAUCCAUUUUUCAGCCUCUGCCAGAAGGGGAUGGGCAUUUUUCUCAGCACAAGCAAGAGAGCUUUCUUAAUAAAGAAGUCACUUGUGACACAGCAACCAGACAGGCUGGGAGUCAAACUUUUGAACCAUCUCCAGGUGGUUGGUCCAGGAACAACUGGGUUGUGGAUCAAACUGGAAAUGGUGCUGCGAACGGCCCGCCAAUGAGGCCACACAUCGGAAGCCUUUUUUCUACUCCAGAUGUACAGUCUCUUUGGUCGUAUAAAUAAAACAAGACUGUGACAACUAUGCUCAAAGGCAAGCAGCCUCUUUGAGAGGUGAAGACUGUUUGCUUUGUAUCUUUCAGCAUAUUUCAAUGAAAUUAGAAUAUGCAUAGAUAUCAAA